CGACACCACUACUCAGGUCAGGUUUCAGUCUGUGGUUUACGUGACGUUUUGCUCGGGUUUCUCUGUGUACCCACCAACGUCAUCGACCGAGUUCGUAAUAUUGCCACAGUGUCAUAGUAUUGCGUUUUCGAAUAUGGUCAUGGUCAAAUUGAUGGUUGCAUAUUUUUAAAACGAGUAUACUAAUAUUUUGAUUUAGAGCGAGGAAAAUAGGAACAUUUUAAAAUGGAAAUUCAGGAUGUUGAGACGUUUGCUGCAAAUUUAAGAGAACAAGGUUACUUUUUAAUGGUAGAUGAUGAUGGUGAACCAAUUUGUAACGAGGAUGGAAAACUACUAGUUUGCCAAGAGAAAAAUGAAGAAAGUAUAUUGCCCGUGCCAGACUGUGAAGUUAUAAGAAAACUGUAUGGUAUACCAUUAGAAGAACAACCUGUGGAUGUUAAAGUUGAAGUUAUUAAAGAAGAUAAAUUUACUGUGGAUUAUAACGUGGAAGAAAUUGUCAUCGACAACUCAGGUAAAAGCAACAACAGAUGCAACUUUGUGUGGUUGGGCCAGAGAUCUAAAGACUGUCAAGAAGCGACAAAAGCACUCAUCGAACUCUAUGGUAGUGAAGAAAAUCAGUUGUUAAUGAAUGAUAAACAUACAAUCAAACAAAAGAUUUGGGAAAAAAUUGCAAUUGAUAUAGAGAGCAGAGGUUAUAAAAUAGCUAAUAAUAGAAGAGACGCAGGUCUAAGAACUUUCCAGAAGUGGAGAAACAUGGAGCGGACAUAUUGGAAGUAUCUCAAAAACCCAUGUAUUUUUGGAGAGGAUAAAAGACGAAAAAAACCAUCCUUUUUUGAUGGUGUACAUUCUGUUAUUUCGAAAAGGAAUUGUUACAGAAAGGAAGAACCACCUAAGACUUGGGGAAAAACAGAAAAGUGGCAGUGACUUUCAAAUUAAAUCAACAUCACAUGUAUUUCCACAAAUUAUACAACUAAAAUACAGAAGAGGAUCUUCAGUUGUAGAACCUAAGAUAAUAAAAGAAAGAGAGUCCAGCUCAAGUGCUAUAGAAACUUUACUUAAAUUAUUGGAUACAGACAAAUACCAGACGUUGCUCCAUGGGGAUGCCAAGAAAAUAUGGAAAAAUCUAUGCAGUGAUCUCGAACUGAAGGGAUUCCUCGUAAAAGGAGAUACAGUAGAAGAAAAAUGUCAUAAUAUUUCACAAAUAUGGAAGAAAAUGAAAAAAACUUUACUACAAUAUGAACGUGAAAAACAUUUAAGGAAAGAUUGUAAUAAACCCAAGUAUUACGAUCUUUUAUUUAAAACAGUGUCAAAAGAACUGAUGGGGUUAAAAUCUUAUGAAGAAGAUGUCAAUGAAAGCAACUUACAAACUGAUCACGAUUAUGAAGGUACAUUUCAACAGAAGAAAUCAGUGAGUUUUGUUGGCGAGACUGUCUCAACUGAUCCUACUGCGAGCUCUCCUCGUGUGGCCAAGGGUCUCUCAAAUGACCCUAAACUACCGAAGACCCCUGCACCAACAAGUGUACCAACGUCCUCGACUGAGAAAACCGACCAAAUCCUUUUGGAAAUAAAAAAUCUUCAUGAAACCGCACUAGCUGCACAACAGCAAAGCUUUACUAAAAUAAUAUCUGUGUUAGAGGAACAGGCUGGACACUUGAAAUCAUUAAAUACAAUGUUUUCACAAUAUGUUAUUAACAAUUCAAUGAAGUCUAGGUCAAGACAUAAUCAUAAGAGUAAAUCUAGGCAUUAUAAUAACUCUACAGAUAUGAUAGUAGAAGAUGGGCUUUGAUUCACUAGUAUUAGUUAGGAUAAUUAAAUAUUCAUGUGUAAUAUUUAUAUUAUAUUUUUUUGUAAAUAUCAUGUUUUCUGACAUUUUUAUCUGUAUCAUACAUGACCUCUUAAAUAACUAACUAAAUAUAAUAAAAGUUGUAUGAUUUAAAACCAUUGUAAAGAAAGGAGUUCUGUUAUGAUCUUAUACAAUGAUAAAAUCAUCAUGACAAGCCUUUAGGAGAUUUGUUACUAGUCACAAAAUAAAUAUUUGGAGAUACAUUUAUUGUUUCUGCAUAGAAACGUAUGAUUUACACUAGUAAAUUAAAUUUAUUAAUGAUAAGGCAUCUUUCCACAAUAGUCUACAGCAACUCAAAAUCACAUAAUGUGCCCAUGGCACGUCUUAAACAUUAUCCCUAAACAACAUUAUUGUUGGGGUUUUUUUUUAAUGGGCUUAGUUCAUCCUAUCUCUAUCCCUGUUCACAACAUAUUGUAAUGACAAAUUGAUGGAUAAACUAAUUUUCAUCUGUUUUCUGGUUUACAUUGUGAUGAAAGAUUGCUUACACAAUAAAAAUUCUUUAAAUAUUUUUGGCCUUGCAAUGGAGAGCCAUCCUGUCAACAGAUGUUAUACUGAAAUACAGUUAAUCAGAAAAGCAGAUGAUACUUAUAACAUUGGUCAUGUAAACCUAAGAUAAGGUAAAACUAAUUUAUGUGUGCUGGCAAAUACAAAACCAAAAUGUCAGAAAAA